UUCUCCUCACUUCCACUCAUUCCUGCAUACUGUGUCCUUGUCUGCCCAUUUCGCUCCCGCCAGUGCAUAAAUUAGCAUCAUCACCCCACGGGAACACUCUGCGGGUGCCGACCGUCAUGUUGGACAUGCACUGAGCACAAUUCAUCUUUGCUCCACUCUUAUCAGGUCGACCGCAUUGACCAUCGGUACAUCGUAUACAGAUCCUCCAUUAGUCAUAAAGACCUAUUUCUCGAUUUCACUCCUUUCGUUGGAGUCAUUAGAUAUUAUCCUUCACAUACUCAAAUCUCAGACCUUCUCUUGAAUUAUUUCCCGAGUCACCAUGUCUAUUUUCAACAUCCUGUGUGGUUGCGUGACCCGCAGUUCCCCACUGUCAUCUCAACCGCCGCCUCAGCCUCGUCAUCAACCACCCCAAAAUAGAGACAAUGGCACCACCACUUAUAAUAACGUCAACAAUAGUCCCCCGGAGAUAGAUGAUGAAGAUGGCUACAGCCCUGUCGUCCCAUUACCAAGAUAUACCCCACGGCCCGUGAGCAUUCGGGAGAAAACCCUAGAAGCACACAUGCAGGAUCCACCCGUCUCAUCCUCUGACUACGCCAGCAACUCUACAUACUUCCAAGAUGAGAAGGAUCGUCUCGCCUUUGAAAUGAGCUCUAAUCGGAACCACAACCCCGAGGACCUGACCUCAGAGGCCUCGUCCGCUAUCUCUUUCCCCAGUAGUUACGGGAAUACCUCUACGGCAACGAGGGACACGCCGCCGCCGCCGUAUUCGUCUCGCGGUGUCUCUCCUGCACCGUCGAGGUCUAUGUCGGUGUCUUCGUCUGGGUAUCCACUGCCGCCGCAGCAGGUAGCUAUGAUGCAGAUUGCGCAGCCGCGACCUGUAUUCCAAAGGCGGGACAAUUUGGUCCGGAAUGUGUUGUCGCGAAGCAGUUUCGAUGAACAGCAUGAGUCCGGGAGACCGCGGAGGUUCUCUUGGGAGAGUCAAUAACUGGCCCUCAUAGUUUUGUCAUUUGAGAUAUCAGGGCAUCGCUUGGGGAGCUUUGUCUUGUCUUUUCUCUUACCUCUUCCUACUCUAUCCACGCUGCUUCUUCACCCUGCCUCUUCCCCCACAGUCUUUUUA